AUGCACUUCCUCACUGGCAAUGACCAAUCCUUGGCACCCAGGGAGCAGAAGGCAAGCAAAAGCUCCAAGCCUGACAAGGUUGAUGUGAAGGGGAAGGGGAAGGGAUUCUCAGCCUGCAUACAUGUGGACAGGGGAAAGAAGAAGGCCCAGUCAUAUCCAAAGGACAAGAAAAUUUGCCUCGAGGUUGUUGACAGCAAUAUUGGCAGUGGGGGUGGGUUGCAGGAAGGGGCUUUGGAGGAGACACUGGGAGAGACUGAGGCAGAGGAGUUUGCUUAUAUCACCAAGGAGAAGUACCCCAACAGAGCAUUGACAAUCGAAUGCUUGGAGGAGAUGAUGGGGAGGAAGAAGCCCAAGAGCCUGUUACUGACCUUCAUGCCAGACCUCAACCUCCCCCCCUCUAUUGGACACCCUUUCCCCCCUGCCCACCACCUGCCCUUGGAUGAUGAGAUCUACAACCAUCUUGGCUUGGAUCUGGCAACUUUUGACCACUCUGGCAAGCCCAAGGUGGAUCUGUGUCAAGCAAUGGCAGGUCAGCUCAUUGUCAAAGCCAAUGCCCGCUGGUUGGAAGUCAAGCAUGGUGAUGGGAUCAAGGAGGGAUGGGAUGAUGCAAUGCUGGGAAGGCAGCAGGAGUGGGAAGCUUUGAAUCCAGAGGAGCGCACUGCCAAGGAGACAAAGAGACACACUGCAGCUGCCCAGCUCUGCUUUGAAUACUGCCAGCAACUCAAGGCCAAUAUGAAGAAAGCCUGGGAGAAGAUGAAGGCCUUUGGUAAGCACAUUUGCAAGUCCCACAGUAUUGAAGCCUUGAAGAUUGCCUUCAUCUAUGCUCUUUGGGCAGUGUUGCAGAAGUUUGGAGUCAAGGAGCCAGAGGAGGUAAUGCAGGAAGCGCUUGGAUUGGGAGAUGUGGUGGGGGGAGUAUGA